UCCAAACACCCAAACAAAACAGUCUUUUACUUACUGCUUGGUUGUCUGUACGGUCCUUUCUUGGUCCCGUUCUUCUCUCUCUCCAUUUAUCCAUACACCCGUGAAAACCCCGCAAGGGAAAAAAAAAUUCAAAAAAAAAAAAAAAAGAGAGAACGAAAUCUAAGCGGGCAAUGUUUACGUUAUUAAUUACGAAGACGAAACUCCAACUCGGAUAAUGGAACUGAGCGAUUCGACUCGUUCGCCUCUCGGCAUCGAUCUCAAUGAGAUACCGACCACUUCUUUGACGGAGAAUCCGGCCGAUUGCUGGACGGAUCCUACGUCGGCGGUGGUGGUUCCAGGCGAGGAGGCUAGGGGCGGAAUAUGUGGCGCAUGCGGAGGGCCCGAAGUGGAGGGAUUCGUGGUUGUGUGCGACGGCUGCGAGCGAGGUUUUCACUUGGAGUGUGCUGGAAUGCACGGGAGGCAGGCUGUUAAUCUGGUUGAGUGGGUGUGUAGCGACUGCGUUGAAAGCGGAGUCAAAAGUAAACGGUGGCCGUUAGGCAAGAGAAAGAGGAUUUUGGAUAUAAACGCUUCUCCGCCUAGCGAUGCUGACGGAGACGCUGCUGAGGAGCUGCUCGAUGCCAGAAAGCACACCCUGGGUGAUAAUUCUUUUGGUGGCAAUGGAUUUGUUGCCCCAGUGAACUAUUCAAACUCUUUAUAUGCGGGGAAUGGAUAUGGAUCUCAAAUUCUUUCUGGAAUUACAUCACAUGCUGUAAAAACUGGUCUUGAGGAUAUAUUGCUUCAUACACAAAGAAUGAAUGGAAGUUUUGAUGGGGUGGAUUUGAGCUUUGCCACUGGAAGCCUUAGGAGUACUAGAUUUCUGUCUCAAAAUCCCAGUGAGGUAUUGUUGCAGUCUCUUAGAGAAUUUAUUUCCGAAAGGCAGGGUUUUUUAGAUGAAGGUUGGCAUGUUGAAUUAAGACGUUCCAUGAACAGUUGUCAACCAUAUGCUGUUUACUGUGCUCCAGAUGGAAAGACUUUUGAAUCAAUAUCUGAAGUUGCUUGUUAUCUGGGUUUGAUUUCUGGCUACAAUUCUAUGGAUGCUGAAAUAAGAACCAAAGGAUCUGCUGUGCAGGAAAAGUUAGAUACACCCAAAAGAAGAAAGCUAAGAAAAUCUUUGGUUGUUAAUGGUAUUGAGGAAAAAAAGGAAUUGAUAAGUAAUUAUUGUAACAAGUUUUCAUCCAAUUGUGAACCUAUGAAGAUUUUUGCUAGUAGAUCUGAUACUUUUCUGGAUGGUACUGAACCUAUAAGAGAGGAAAAUGGUUUCACUGGAUUUCAGCACAAUAAGGAGGGACUUCCUGUGCAGUUUGAAAAUUUUCUUGUUAUUUCUUUGGGGCAUGUUGAUGCGAGACCUUCAUAUCAUGAUGUCAACUGGAUCAGUCCUGUUGGCUAUACCUCUUGUUGGCAUGAUAAGAUCACUGGGUCUCUUUUUAUUUGUGAAGUGUCAGAUGGCGGUGAUUCUGGUCCUGUUUUUAAGGUCAGAAGGUGUUCAUGCUCUGUGCUGUCCAUUCCAGAUGGAUCAACCAUCCUGUUUGGGUCAAAUCUUGGGCAAUUCUCUGGUCUACUUGAUGAAGAAAAUUGCAAUGUUGCUCCUUAUUGUGAUGAUUAUGAUAAUGACAUCAGUAUUCAGAUAAUUCUUUCAGAUCCUUGCCCUCCCAUGGGGCAUGAUAUCUUGACUUGUCUAGGAAACAGUGAAAACAAAGGUUAUGGUCUUUAUACUUGUGAUAAUUUAUUUCUUGAAGCUAGUUCCAUUCAUGAAAAAUUUAGAAAGCUUCAAAUUGAUAGUUUAGGGUUUUGGGAUGAAAUUGGUGAGAUUUCUGUGGAAGAUCAUUCAUCUUCAUCAGCAUGGAGAGUGAUCUCUCAGAAGCUUGUUGAUGUUUGCUCUGAGAUCUUUAAACAAAAAGGUACUUUAAAGUUUUUCUGCAAGCACAUUGAAAACAGAAGGGGGUCACCAAACUGGGAUAUGAUGGGCGAGAAGGACAAAGUGAGGUUUUCUGCUCUUGAAAAGUUUUUUGGCUCUCCAGUUUCCAUUAACAUACUGUCUGAAUUUCAGGGUGAUGAUAAGUUUGAUGCAAUGAGCAAUGUACUUCUGAAGUGGCUGGACCAGGAUAGAUUUGGGUUAGACACUGAGUUUGUGCAAGAGAUUAUUGAACAGCUUCCUGGUGUUAAUGCCUGUUCACAUUAUGAAUUUCUGAAGGAUAGAAGUAACUACACCUCAUCCCUAACUGUUGGAAAUGGACUAUUGAUUGCAAAAAGGAAAUUUGGGAUAGAAAGCAAGAAUGAAGGAGUAUCAGAUAAUUCAUUUGGAAAACUUAGCAAACCUCUGUUGGUUGAAGACCGGGAUCAUUGCCCUCCUGGAAAGGCUUUGUGCUUGAGGCUUCCUCCUUACAUUAUUGGUGACUUUUAUCAGGUAUGGGAGUUCUUUUGGCGUUUUCAUGAAAUUUUAGGUCUGAAGGAGCAUUUUACGUUGGAGGAACUUGAAGAGGAGCUUAUCAACCCAUGGUUUGAUGGCUCAAGUCCUCUUGAUAAAUCUGAGAAAAAAAUCCAGGGAACUGAACCUUCAAGCUUGCAAGAAAGUGACCGUACGGGCGGACAAAUGCUAUCCUCAAGUGAAAAUCCACAUGCAUUUAUACAGAUGGAAACUGGAUCAAUGAAGGAAGCAGCCCAAGCUAGAAUCGAAUCUGUUAAUUACAGCAGAUGUUCUGGUGUGGUUUUAACCAAGGCUCAUUGCUCUUUGCUUGGAGUCCUAAUUAGUGAACUGCAAUCCAAGUUGGCUGCAAUUAUUGACCAAAACUUUGAGUCUGGAGAGUCAAAAUCAAAACGGGGGAGGAAGAAAGAUGCAGAUAGCUUGAUUCCUCCUAAGAAGGGUAAGCUCAAUAUGCUUCCUAUCAAUGAAAUGACUUGGCCAGAAUUAGCUCAUAGAUACAUCUUGGCUUUCUUAUCCAUGGAUGGUGUCUUUGACUCGGUGGAUAUUACUGCUCGUGAAAGUUGUAAAGUGUUUCACUGCUUACAAGGUGAUGGAGGGGUGCUCGGUGGCUCACUUACUGGAGUGGUUGGAAUGGAAGCAGAUGCCUUGGUAAGAUUGUCUCUUGGUUCUUUUUUGCUUGCAGAGGCCACACAAAAAAUUUUUGGUUGUUUGAACAGAGAAAAUGACACACUGACUAUUGAAGAUGAAGAAUCUGAAUCAUCUGGCUCCUGUGAAACGAAAGUUGUGAGUGAUGGCACUGUGCCUGAGUGGGCAAAGGUUCUGGAACCUGUUAGGAAGCUACCGACAAAUGUGGGAACCAGAAUCAGAAGGUGUGUUCAUGAAGCCCUAAUGAAAGAUCCACCAGAUUGGGCAAAAAAAAGAUUGGAACAUUCAAUCAGUAAAGAAAUUUAUAAAGGCAAUGCGUCAGGACCAACGAAGAAAGCCGUUCUUUCAGUGCUGGCAGAUGUUCAGAACAAAGAAUUGCCACAAAAAAAAUAUGAUAAGAAAACAAAGAGAAAGACUGUCCUAUCCAUAUUUGACAUUAUAAUGAAACAAUGUCGUAUUGUGUUACGCCGUGCUGCUGCUGCAGAUGAUGGAAAAGUUUUCUGUAAUUUACUGGGAAGAAAGUUGAGUUCUAUUGAUAAUGAUGAUGAGGGGCUACUUGGGUCGCCUGGCAUGGUAUCUCGUCCUCUGGAUUUUAGGACUAUUGAUAUGAGAUUGGCAGUUGGGGCUUAUCAUGGAUCACAUGAAUCUUGUCUUGAGGACAUACGGGAGUUAUGGAAUAAUGUGCGAUUGGCGUAUGGGGAUCAGCCUGAUUUGGUUGAUUUGGCUGAGAAAUUAUCCCAAAUUUUUGAAGCAUUGUAUGAAAAGGAGGUAGUCCCCCUGGUUCAGAAACUUGUGGAGUAUGCAAAAUCAGAAUGCUUAGAUGCUGAAGCAAAACGAGAAAUAAACGAUAUUAUUGCUCUCACAAGCAAGGUUCCAAAAGCUCCCUGGGAUGAAGGAGUCUGCAAAGUAUGUGGGGUAGAUAAAGAUGAUGAUAGUGUUCUUCUAUGUGAUACUUGUGAUGCUGAGUAUCAUACUUAUUGCUUGGAUCCUCCACUUGCACGGAUUCCUGGAGGGAACUGGUAUUGUCCGUCUUGUGUUGUCAGUAACGAUAUGCUUCAGGAUUUAUCAAGAAGUUCUGAAGUCAGUGUUCGAAGCAGAGGAAAGAAACACAAGGGAGAAGUGACUCAUGUGUACUUGGAGAAACUCAGGCAUUUAACUGCUGUAAUGGAAGAAAAAGAUUAUUGGGAAUACAAUGUAGAUGAGAGAACCUUCCUUCUUAAGUUUUUAUGUGAUGAGUUACUUAAUUCAGCUCUUAUUCGUCAACAUCUUGAGCAAUGUGCUGAAACAACUGCUGAAAUACAGCACAAAUUGCGUUCUUUUUUUGCUGAAUGGAAAAAUUUAAAGUCUAGGGAAGAAAUGGUGGCUGCAAGAGUUGCAAAAGUGGAGACAAAUAUGCUUAAUGCAGUUGGAAACGUUGAGGGGCCUGCUACUACUAUUAGAAACAAUGGCAAAUUUAUGGGACAGCCGCAGGGCUCAAGUAGCAGAAAUAAUGGCUUUAUUUUCUUCUCUGAUGAUGUACAUCCAGCAGAGGGUGGUCAACAGGAAUCCGAGCUUAAUGAUUCCAAUAAGCACCCAUAUCUCUUGUAUUCAGAGAAGGGUUAUAACUGUGACAACCAAUAUGUGAACCCUGCAGAUACUGAAGAUAAAAUAAAAGAUCAUCAUGCUGUUUUUGAUGACAGUAGAAUACCUUCUCAAAAUAAUGAUUUAUUUAAACAAAAUGAGCUCCCUUUAUCAAAUACUUCUCCGCAAGAUGAUGCCAGUAGAGAAAUCCAUUUAAAGGAAAGCGAACAAAAUUUGAGGGGGGAAAUUUCAACUGAAAUACCAUCUUCAGAUCAUCAGGGACUGUCUUCACCCUCAAAAUUGAUGACCCCUCAAGUAGCUCAUGAAGAGCCAUCUGUUGUCACAAAUGAGUCACAAGCCUACAAUCUUGAGUUGAACACCAUCAAGAGUGACAUAUUUGUUCUACAAGAUUCAAUUACCACCACUGAAUCACAGCUUUUGAAGCUAACAUCUAGAAGGGAGUUUUUGGGCAGUGAUUCUAUUGGUCGGUUAUAUUGGGUUUCAGCUAUGCCUGGUAUGUAUCCUGGGGUUAUUGUUGAUGGGAGUUUUGCAUUGCAUCACGGAAGAAAAAGGCUGGAUUUUCAAAAGCAAACAGACAAAAACUCAAUCUUGCAGACUUCCACUUCAUCAUAUACAGGUACUCUUUUGAAUUCGGAGGGCUCGAAAGCUUCCCGCCCCUUUUCCUAUGAUCCUAAUGUGACUAUGGCUAGUCCACAAUGGGUUUUUUAUCAGACUGAUGCUGAAGUUGAAGAAUUGAUUCAAUGGUUGAAGGACAAUGACCCAAAAGAAAGGGAACUGAAAGAGUCUAUUCUGCAUUGGCGAAGGCUAAGAUUCCUGGAUCCUGAACAAUGUAAAAACCAAGUGCAAGAUGACUGCCAAAGUUGUUUGGGAACACCCACUAGUAGUGAAAAAACUGUACUUAUUGAUUAUCUUGUUACUAAGGCAGCCGUGUUGCUGCAGAAGAAGUAUGGUCCUUGCUUUGUUUCAGAAAUCACUGAAAUCAUGAAGAGGCGGGGAAAAAAGACAAGAAUCACUAGUGAAGAUAGAAUGUAUCGCUGUGAAUGCUUAGAACCAAUUUGGCCUUCCAGAAACCACUGCCUCUCUUGUCACAGAACUUUUUUCACUGAUGUUGAAUUUGAGGAUCAUAAUGAUAUUAGGUGCUGUUCAGCUUCUCCAGUGUUUGAGAAGGGCAAAGAGAUAAAUAAUUAUAUGAAAGGGAAUAUGAAAUCUGGCAUACCAGCGGAGGCAUGCACUUCUGAAAUGGAUGUUGAAACUUCUAAAAGUGGGUGCAAUGAAAGGGCCUCUCGAUUGACAAUGUUCCAAAACGAAGGGUUAGUGUGCCCUUUUGACUUUGAGGAAACAAGUUUCAAGUUUAUAACAAAAGAUUCUAAUAAAGAACUGAUACAGGAAAUUGGUUUCAUUGGUUCAGAAGGAAUCCCCUCGCUUGUUCCAUCUGCAUCUCCUUUCCUGAGUGACCCUACUUUAAUGUUAAUAUCUCCUCAGAAAGGGGUAGUUGGUGCAGGGGAUGAGUUGAAGGCUGGCAAGAGACUGUUAUCUGCAGAAGGAAACAAGUCUAAGGCUAAUGCUGGCAAUAACAACAUCACAGAUUAUUCUUUUAGACAAUCUGCUGCACGUGGUAUACCUGGAGUACUUAAAAGUAAUAAACCAGCCUUGGGAUGUUCUAAACGGAGAGAUAAAAGAUCUGUUUCAAAUAGACAAUUUUGUGAGGUUGGGUUUGCUCACUGUUGUGUAGUUCCCCAGUCUUCAUUGAGGCCAUUAAUUGGUAAAGUGUCACAAAUAAUGAGGCAGCUCAAGAUUAAUUUACUAGAUAUGGAAGCUGCACUCCCUGAAGCUGCUCUGAGACCUUCAAAGGCCCAUGCUGAAAGGAGGUGGGCUUGGUGUGCGUUUGUUAAAUCUGCAGAAACAAUAUAUGAGAUGGUCCAGGCUACAAUUAUAUUAGAAGACAUGAUCAAGUCUGAGUAUCUGAGGAAUGAGUGGUGGUAUUGGUCAUCAUUCUCAGCAGCUGCCAAAACAUCCACUAUGUCUGCUCUUGCUUUACGGAUAUACUCCCUUGAUGCAGCCAUUGUUUAUGAGAAGUCCUUAUCCAAUUCCAAUGAAAUUGACAAUUUGAAGCUCAGCAGCAUACUGGAGCAUAAGUCACUGGCCAGUUCAGAAUUGGCAGAAAAGUUCAGGGUAAGCCGAAAAUCUAACAAGAAGCACAAGGAACCAGAUGGUUGAUUUAAGGAUCUAUGGAUUCUGAAUUUAUUGGGAGAGAUAAUCCUGAAAAUGAUCCUGGUGCCAAUGGAAGGUGACAGUCAGCCUGUGUUGUAAUAAUACAGAAGGUUCCUAUAAUCGAGACCACAUUUGUGUCUAUUGGUCAAAUUAAUCAUGAGGAUGAUUUGGGAACAAAAGGCAACGCUGCCACUGCUGCUGUUGCUUCUGGUGCGUGUAUAUAAAGCUAACAAUACUAACUUGGAUUUGGAAGCAGAGUCCUAAAGAUCUUUUUCUGAUGUUGUAUCCUUGAGGACUAGUGGAUUAGUCAGAAUGCUUCCAAUUUUGGACUGCUUUUUGCUUCAGUGUUUAGAAUUGUUCUUAGAAUGACAGCAAAAUAGAAGAAAAUUCUCUUAGACCAGCACGAUCGAUAUACAUAUACAAGAUGAAUUAGUUGAAAUGGAAAAGAUGUAAGAGAAAAUAAAACUGCGCAGAGUGGCAACUUCAUUCUCUAUUUCUGUGUCUGCUUUCCCCAUCCCUCGUGUUUUUUUCAUUCAUCUGUUGUUUGCAAACUUGGCAUAAAGUAGGAAGAGUGAAAUUCAUUCCUUACUUUGCCUGAGGUUACUUGUGUUUGCUUGCAUAGAAAUUAAAUGGUGGAAUCUGACAUUUUAGUCUCCUA